GGGGGAGUUGCAGCGGUGGAACCUCCAGGUUUGGAGGCACUAUGUCUUUACGAGUUGCCAGGAAGGCAAAGCAAAUUGGGUGUAUUACUUUCUCAGUUUGCUGGCAGAGUAGCUGAUGUUUACUUCUUAUGGCGGCUUCUCCCUCCUCCAUCCACGUGGAGACCACGCAGAAUCUUUCCAAGCCAGUAAACAUCACCGUGUUGGAAGGACAUGAUCUGAAAGGCCUCAAAGUAGACACCCCGUUGACCUUUGUGCGCGUCGAGUUCAAUUCUGUCACCCUCGGCGACACUCCAAAAGUGGACGUCUCCUCAGAUGGGAGCGUGAAGUACAAUUUCUCCCUCUCCUUCGAUGUCCAGCCAGAAGGGCCGCAUUGCCUGGAUGAUCUUGCGCAUAAGCCCUUGUUAUUCACUGUGAUUGAAGUCUUGCCAAAAGAGAAAAAACAGAAGGAAGAAAAGACAGUGACCCUCGGCCAAGCGGUACUGGACCUGCUUCCUUUACUGCAAGGAUCACGUGACUUUAAAACAACGCUUCCGCUCUACCCUAUUCCUGGCUCUCCCCUGGAGUCCCUCCGACCAGAUGCCAAGUGUAGCCUCAACGUCAUCGUCACUGUUCAGGACAGCCUGCUUUCUCUGUACCAGCUGACAGAAGGCAACCUGCUUCGGGUCACGGUAGAAGGUGCUUACGCGGUCCCGGAGGCAUUUGUUCCCACCGGACCCCUGCAGAACUACAUGGUCGGCUUCCUAGUGCCAGCUGUGGGCGAGAAAGAAUGCCCCUUUGUCCUCAAGAAUGGGACCCUGAAGAUCGGCGGUGAACGAGAGCUGGUGCCCCGGCCCAAGAAAUGGCCGGUCAGCAACAUCUUGGCUCCAGGGGCCCAAAACAUUUCAGAUUCCUUUGUUGCCGGCGGCGAUUUCGAGGAGGAAGAUGGAGAGCUGACUGGGCCAGAGGAUAGAGAGAUCAGGAUUCUGGGAGAAACUUUCAAGAAAAGGAUCAUGUGGGACUUGGAGAGGCGCUGUUAUCUAGAUCCCGGAGCUGUGAACUGGAGAGUUCCACCUCUUGGAGGCACAUCACUGGCCGAGCUCAACCUCCCGAUUCCAAAGCGUCUUUCUGUCCUUUUGCACCUCAGCUUCCGGAAACGGAUUGCGGAUUGCCGGUACUGGCCCGUGGAGAUUGCCAGAAUGCCGUCGGUCACGUCCACCAAAGGAAAAGCCGGCAAAGCGGAUAAGGGAGGCAGCGGCAGCGCUGGUGGAGGAGAGGAAGAAUCUCUUUCUUUCCACGGCGUCACUUAUGUCAACAUGGUGCCACUGCUGUACCCUGGAGUGAAAAGAAUACGGGGCGCAUUCCGGGUUGUGCCCUACUAUGAAAGUGAUGUUUUUGAAAGGACCAGGUGCACGGCCAGCCUUUUCCGCGACGGCCACCACUUGGCAGCCAACCGGUUUGGAGCAGUGGGACUGCCUGCCAAAAGCCUGCCGAGGAAUAUGAAGGAAGAGAAGCCGGCGCGGGAAAACACUGUCAGAAAGUUGUCGAUGACCGUGAGACUGCAAGGGUCAGAGACCGCAGUGGAAGCGGCUGCGUCGAUGUGUCAGAACGUGGAAGGCCAGCAUUACGCGGAUGCUGGGACCUUUUUGGUGCUGGAAUUUGCACUGGACAGAGCCUUGGUGCCCAAGCGUUUGCAAGAGGAACUCACCAUCCGCGUGCAAGAGAUGAUCCCUCCGCACCCUCAGCUGCCUCGAAAGACCACAGGAGCGCAGAAGGCAGUGGAAGAUUACCACUCCCAGGUUAUCAGCAUUGCUGAGACCAUCCUAGAAGAGUACCACGAGCUGUUUGGGAGACAGCUGGCCGAAGGCUUGGUGGUCGACCACCAAAACAUGGAGGAACAAAAAUGCCAUCUCAACUAUGAGCUCAACAGCUCGGGGAAAUAUUUUGCUUUUAAAGAGCAACUCAAGCAUGCGGUGGUAAAGAUAGUGAGAGAGAAAUACUUGAAGACGACAGCCUUCGAGAACCUGGACCAGCUGCAGGCUUUCCUCAGUGAGCUGUACGUGUACCUCGUGGAUCAGAUGCACGUGGCCUUGAAUCAGGUGCUGACCCAACAAACCCCCAGCCCGCCUCCACCCACCUCCACCACCUCCGAGCACCUCCGGCUGUUCGCUCGCGAAGCCCAGACCAACGGGGACUACGUCUUGGCCUCGACUUACUACCAGGAGAGACUGGCCCGUGACCGGCAGGAUAUCCAGAGCUGGAUUGACUACGGAGCUUUCUGCCUGCUGACCGAGGAGAAUCUCAAAGCCCAGGAGUGCUUCCGGGAGGCCGUGGCCCUGAACCACAACCACGUGACCAGCCUGCUGUUGUGCGGUAUCAUGGCAGUGGUGAUGGAAAAUUAUGAAGAGGCAGAAGUCUUCUUUGAGGAUGCCACCUGCUUGGAGCCCAACAGUGUCCUGGCUUGGACGAUAUUAGGCCUGUUCUAUGAUAUCCAGGAGAACGGCAUCCGAGUGGAGAUGGCGUUCCGGAAAGCAACCAAGCUCCUGAAGGCUCGGCAGGCCAAGGAGAAAUCGUUGUUGGAGGGCGUGGAAGCCGGAGGGCACAAAGUGGUGUCUGCCUCCACUAUCCCACAAAUACAGUCUACCGCCUUUUCCAAGGAAGAGCUGGUUUUUGAAGACACGGCAGACAUCCCCUUCAGACUGCGCUCGGAGUCCACAGAGCCGACCCACCGGGCUGAAGAGGAGGGGGCCGUGGCCAAAGUCUCCACCAGGCCUUCUGUCGCUCCCAGCAAACUCCGGAUGCCUACUCCGAAAGAACCUGCCAAGGGUCAUGUGGUUCUCUUUGAUGCGGACGGUUACCCGCUGCCUUCCGCCCCGCCCCCCGUCUCCAUCUUCAGGGAGACGAUCCGCUUCUUGAUGGAGGUCAACGCCCUCCAGUUUGUUCACAAGGCAUUGGCACACGAACUGGUCAGCCCGCUAGGCGGUCCCAGCUGCGAGUAUUACCUGGUGCUGGGUCAGACCUACCUGCUCAAGAAGGAUUACGACAACGCCAUGGCAUGCCUCGAACAGGCGGUCCAGAUUGAUUACUUGAAUCCGGAUGUCUGGGCCCAGAAGGGGCAUUGCUGCUACCUGACCGAGAACUUCAGCGAAGCAAAAGACUGCUACGAACGGACCAUCAGUUUCGUCAGCGACGCUUCCGACAUGCAUUCUGUGUACCUGAAGUUGGGAUCCAUCUACCUGGAAAGAAAGGAGCAUGACAAGGCGAAGAAUAUCUUCCUGCUGGCGAGCAUGAAGUGUCCCUCCUGCCUCACCUGGAUGGGAGUCGGUAAAGCCUGCUACAGGCUCAAGGAGAUGGUGGAGGCCGAAGACGCCCUCUCCGAGGCCAACGCCUUGAACAACAACAACGCCGAAGUGUGGGCCUACCUGGCUCUAGUUUGCAUGGCGGGCGGAAGGCAGCUGGAGGCAGAACAGUCCUACAAGUACGCUGUCAAGUUGGGUCUGGACAACGAGGAUCUUCUCCGGGAACUCAAAGAGGUCCAGUUGGAAGUGGGCUUCGGCGAUCCAUCCUUCUGAACGCCUCUGCUGCGCGGAGGCUUCAACUGUUCCAGCGAAGGACAGAUCGGCAAUCAGGCGCAAUGAGGGAGGAAAAUCUACCGCGCAACCGGUUCCUUGUCAUUUGGCAGCCUGGUCCGCAACUGAGCGUCACAGUUGCUUUGCUGAGCCUGCUUGUGGCCCAAAUUCAUCGUGUGUCAUCACAGGACUUUCAGAAUCCUUCGUUCUUGAGAUUAGUUGUUUUUCCACCAGGACAUUCCUGUUAUCUUAUUUUUCUUAGGAUAAGUCCACAGUUGAAGCCAAAAAAUUCCCUGUGUGGAGCCCCCCUCCUGCACUUUGGCUGCCAUUUUUUCCCCACCAGGAAUGACAAGGAAUUAUCCUCAAGAUCAGCUUGCGUUCCUGAAGUCCGUGCAAGUUCCCAUAGCCCAUCUGUCUUCAGCACAUCGGGGCGGGGAGAAAUACCAUUUAUUACAAGAUCGGCACAGCCGUAUUUCACUGCAUAAGGAGAUCUCUUUCAAUUCAGAGGCUGCUGGAGCAAAGAGCUUCCAAGAAGAUAUCAAAACGUCAACAGGGAAUCAGGUCGAACGUAAUAUUUUGAGCCACAACUGACAGAACGACAUCCAAGCAUGUGGCAACGUUUACCUGAUUUGGAGAAGUCCCAGAAGCCGAGGUUUACUUCCAAGAACCUGUUCGCAACAGCAAGCAGAGCUGAUUCUUUCUGACAAGAAACCUGUUACCUGUGUUUUAUUGUUUGCGUUUUAAUGUUGGGUUCUCUUUUUAGCUUGUAAGCAGCCUCGGGUCCUAAGCA